AUGGGUAGCCUUAAAAUCCUUCCUUCGCCCAAAAUAAUCAGCAAACGUAAGACGAAAAAGGUUCUUGACGGCGGAGGGACGGCGGCGGCGGGGAAGGCGGCCGACACGCAGAGAGGUGGUUCUGAGAAUUGGUGUCCUCAGUGUGUGUCUGAGAGGGAGAAGGAGAAGAGGGUUUUGGGGUUUGGGACUUUGGGUCGCAGUUUCAGUCUCACCAAUAAGAGCAGUGCUAAGGUACGACGGGUUGCAGGGAAUUCAAAAGCCAACGGUUUCUUUUUCUUGCGGACACGUGGCGGAAAGCCCUGCUUCGCCGGAAAAGUCUCAACGCCCGCGGCCCAGAACGGAGUUCUGCUGAAAGAUAUGUUGUCUUUGCUUACAUCACCAUCGAUCAAUCGCACAUGGUUGCCAAAUGCUUCCACUCAGCUAGGUCUGUAUAGAUAUGGUCAAUUUCGAAGAAAUAUUCCCUUCAUUGUGAGGUCCGAGAAUGUGUCAACUUCUUCUUGCGAAGAUAGACCUGGACGCCGGCAACUCCUUGCCAUGGGGACAACACUUGCCCCAUGGUUAUUCUUUUCACAGCAAACUCCGACAACGUUUGCUGCAGAAACAAAGAAGGGAUUUCUGUCAGUCACAGAUAAGAAGGAUGGGUACACUUUUGUGUAUCCCUUUGGGUGGCAGGAGGUGGUCGUUGAAGGGCAAGACAAAGUCUUCAAAGAUGUUAUCGAACCUCUGGAAAGUGUCAGCGUAAACAUGAUCCCCACAGGCAAACAGGAUAUUCGUGAUUUUGGACCCCCGCAGGAGGUUGCGGAAACCUUGAUCAAAAAGGUCUUGGCUUCUCCAUCUCAAAAGACAAAGUUGAUUGAGGCAACAGAGCAUGAUGUGGAAGGGAAAGCGUAUUACACAAUUGAGUUCAUAGCGCAAGCUCCAAACUACACUCGUCAUGCUCUUAGUGCCGUCUGUAUUGGCAAUGGAAAAUUCUACACAUUGACAACAGGAGCAAACGAGAGGAGAUGGGAGAAGAUGAAAGAUAGACUGAAAACUGUGGUGGAUUCGUUCCAGAUUUUCAACGUCUGAUCGUGCAGUUCUGUCUUGUUCUUCACCAUAAUCAUCUUCAUGGCAGCAACACUUCCAUGGUAAAUUAUCUAACACUUGAGAGGAUAUUCCAUCUGUGUAGAUACGAGCAAUUUUCUCUGAACGACUUGAGUUUCUGCCGUCGUAUGAUGUACACAUGCUUUUGUUUUACGAUUUGUUCAAAGAUACGUGAGCUUUAAUUUUCUGUUCAGUUUACGCUGCAAGAUUCCUUUAUAAUCUGUAAGCUUUUUAUGUUUGGAUCGUA